AUGGAUAAUGAAGAAAUCAUUCAAGUCGAAGAUGUUCCUAUUAUUACUGAGGGAAUUUCUGAUAUAGAGGAAAUAGUUGGGGAUCAAACUUUGAAUGAGAGUAAUGAAACAGAAGAACAAGAAUUAUUAACUUAUUCAGAACAACAACGUCUUAUGCUUGACAUUGAGAUAAAGAUCCUUCAAGAAAAACUUGAUAAUUCCAACAAUGAACUUAUUAAAGUCAAAGCAGAUCAUGAUAAUAAUAAUAUUGAAUAUAAUCAAAAGAAGGAAGAAUUUACUGUUUCGUUAAAUCAAAAAAACGAAGAAAUAAUAUCUUAUAAGAAGGAAAGAGAGGAGUUGACUGCUAAACAAAAUGAAUUACAAAAUUUAAUUACAAAUCAAGAAAUUGAGGUGCGGCGGAACAAACACAAAAAUAAAGAGAUUGAAAAUCUUAAGAAAGAAAAAGAUAAAUAUUAUAAUGAUUUUAAAGGUGUUGAAGCCAAAAUGAUAAAUUAUUCUUCCCAAGCCCAAAAGCAAAUUCAUAAACUUAAUGAAGAGAAAAAAGCAAUCACAAAUAAUGCUAAUACAGAAAAAAUCACAAUCAGAAACAAGUUUGAGGAAUUGAAAAAACAACUAUUAGAGUGUAAAAGGAAUGAAAUUUCAAACUUCCAGAAGCAAUCUAAUGAAUUAGAACAAAAAUGCCUUCAAUAUGAAAAAGAUAUAGAAACACUUACCAACACAAACAAAGAUUUACAACAAAAAUAUGAUAGUUUACUUGGAGAAAUGAAUAAUAGAAUUACAACCGGCCUUAUAAAUAAUUCGAUAUUAAAUACUCCUAAUCAACCUAGAACACUUGUGAGACACAUGAAUUAUCAAUCGGUCACCCCUGUUGGAUCGUUGACACCUGCACAAGGUCUCAAUUCUCCAAUUGCUAAUACACCUAGGAAUUUUGAUAUUACACUUGGACAUUCACCCAAUAUUCCAAAUCUUCUCAUUAAAGAUUUAACGUCUACUUCUAUCACUAAUGAGUCAGCAAGCAUUGAAAGUAUGAAACAGUCAUUAGAACGUCAAAAUAGAAAUACUAAUGCAAGGUUAGAACUAUUCAAUCAAUAUUCUAAAGAAAAAAACAAAAACAAGAAAUUAUCCGAGACAUUGGCCGAUCUCAACAAAAAACUCAAAGAAUACGUUCCCAAAGCUCAGGAAAGAAAAAAAGAGAUUACAAAAAUAGCUAAUGAGUGUAACAAUUUGUCAUCACAGCUUAACAUGAGAAAUGAAGAAAUUGGAUAUUUAAGUGAAGAGGUGCAAAAUCUUCAAUUUGAAAAAGACCAGCUUAGCGAACGACUAUUGCAACUAGAUGCUGUCAUGGACCAUAACACAAGUCUAAUCAGAGUUGUUGAAAGUCUUAAACAAAGUGGUGGUUUAACCGGUUUACAAACUCCAACAACGACGAUAUCUUCUACUGAAUCUGAUACUUUACCACAUGAUGUUCCAGAGUUGAUUCAAGUCUACACCAGAGUUAAAGCUGAACAACAAUGUCAUGUCAUCAAGAUUCAGAGACUUGAAAAUCAAGUUAAAGAUUUGGAACAAACUAAAGAGAAAUUAUUGGAUUCCAUUAAAUAUAUUAGAGGGGUGAACAUUCGUCUGAAAAACGGUUCUGCUCAAAAAUUACAGGAUCUUAAAAAAGAAAAUUCGGAAUUAAAGAUGGAAUAUGAAAUAAUCAAAAGUGAAUUGAAGAAUAUUGAAAAAAAUUUAGAAGCAGCAAAUAAAGAGUUGUUUAGUUAUCGGCUUGAGAGAACAGAAUAUGAAUUCCAUAAAAAGUCAUUGGAAGAUAAUUACAAAAUUCUAGAAGCUCGAUUUAAUCUCAAAGAAGAAGAAUGUCGUAGUGUUAAGGAAGCAAAUAAUGAAAGAACAGUAAUGAGUGCUGAGCUUAAUAACGUGAAAUUUGAACUAGCUUCAGCCAAGGACAAAUUAUCUGAUUCACAACGAGAAUAUGUUAAAGAUUUGAAUGAAUUACAUGUUGCAAGAGAGAAAGCAGAAAAUUCAUACAAGGAGGCACAAACAUUGAAACAAGCUAAUCAAGAACUUGAAAACAAAUAUAACCAAACACAAGAGGAAUUAAAUAAAUCUCAAGCCGAAGUUGAAAAUCUUAAAGUGCAAUUAUCAGAAUUGGAUGAAAAACUUUCUAGUACUAAUAUUAAAUGGACUGAAGAAAACCAAAAAUUUGUAGAUUCUGCUAAACAAGCAAGUGGUAAAGUUGAUGAAUUACAAACUAGUAUUGAUGAAUUGAAGAAAAAAGUUGAGGAGCAAGCUGAUGAAUUGAAAAAAUCUCAAGAAAGAUUGACUGUUUAUGAACAAAGUGAGCAAGGAGAAUUCAUUACUAAAUUAAGGAAAGAAUUAGAUUCUGCUAAUGAAGUAAUAAGUGUAUCGAAUAAGACAGCAGAUGAUCUUAAAAUUUCCCUUAAAACACUUGAACUUGUUUCAACUAAUGCCAAAAAAGACUAUGAACAAACUAAAGCUACUCUAGAAAAAGAAAGAGUCGAAUUCCAGUCACGAUCAAAAGAUUUUGAUAGAAUGGAUGAAGAAAGUCAAAAAAUGAGAAGUGAACUUUCACAAGUUAAACGAGAAUUUACAGAAAUAACAAUGGAAAAGAAACAACUUGAAAAGGAAUUGAAUGAUAUCAAAAAUAAAUUCGAAGAUGAUAUAAUACAAUAUCAAUCAGAAAUUCGAAAAAAAGAAGAUAUUUUGACAGAAUUACAAAACAAAUACAAUCAUGAAUUGCAAAUUCAUAUUAAAGAUUCUCAAAUGUUGAAUGAAAAUCAAAAGGAAACUUUAGAAUUGCUAUUGUCCCAAGAAAAAGAAAAUCUCAAUAGGGAAUUGACGGAGUCAAGGACCCGCUGUAAAGAUCUUGAAGAAAGUAACAGUGUCAUUCAGAGCUAUCUUGAUAAGGAAACUGACAUGUCAGAAGAUAAAGUGAUGCCAAUACUGAGAAAGGAGAAUGAAAGAUUAAUGGGUCAAAGAGAAUUCUAUCAACAAGAAGUUGAAAAAUAUAAAGCACUUCUUGAAUUGAAACAGAAGACUUUUGAUGAAUUGGAACAAACAUUAAAUAAAAGCGAGGUUGAACGAUUGAAUAAGUCAAUAGAUGAUUCCAAUAAUGAUAAACUUAAAAUUGGAGGCGAGAAUGACAAAUUAAAAUUAGAAAUUGAAAAAUUUGGCAAAGAAUUAAAACGUUUAGAAGAUGAUAAUGUUUGGUGGAAAGAUCGAUUCCAGAGAGUUUUAGAGAAACAUGGAAAACAAUCUGAAGAUACAAAAAAACAAUUUGAAGAUUCAAAAAAACAAUCCGAGGAUUCAAAAAAACAAUCUGAAGAUUCAAAAAAACAAUCUGAAGAGUUGAAAAAACAAAUAGAUGAAUUCAAGAAACAAAUAGAUGACUUGAAUAAAGAAAUUGCUAGACUUAAGGAAGCUGAUAAAAAUUUUCAAACUCUCAAAACACAGCAUGAAAGUUUAAAAGGUUAUGCGCAAAAAUUGAAAACAGAAUUAUUAAGAUUAAAAACUCAAGAAACACUUUGGACCAAUAAAAAUAAAAAACUUGAGAAUGAAAUUGCUGAGUUGAAAAAGGCUCAAGCAACUACAUCGACUCCUAUACAGUCGGUAGCUGAACCUACUACUGAACCUACUAUACAACCUACCGUUGAACCUACCGUUGAGCCUACUAUUGAGCCUACUAUCCAACCUACUGUUGAACCUACCGUUGAACCUACCGCAAAAACUGAUUCUUGA